AUGUCUGACAAUCGUAAAAAGUCAAAACGUCGAAAAGUGGAUGAUGAUGCUUAUAAACUAACAAAAAUUGAAAAAGAAAUUGCAAAAUAUUUACGUUUCAAAUGUCACACGAAACAAGGCAUGCUAAUGGGUACGCAAGUAUCAUAUUUUACCGGAAAUAAAGCUGUUGAAUGUUUAAUUGAAACAAAAUGGUCAUCAAUGUCUACACAAGCUCUCAAUAUGAAGAGUGAUAAUAAUAAUACAAUAUGUUUUUCAACAAAACACGAUUGUGUACAAAUGUUACGAAAAUUUUUACAUAAUGAUAUGUUUCAUCGUGUUGUCAAAAUUUAUAAAGAAGCACCCUUACAAAAAAACAUUCAAACUGAAUUCGAAAAACAAGAAGAAGAUGGCGAAGAUUCGGCACCUAACACACCAAAAUCUACACGUCAACGUAAAAAUAAAUUAGAUGUACAAAAAUCUGAAACUCAACCAGAAACAUCUAUAAUAGCACCAAUAAUAUCAAUGACAAAAGAAAAUGAUGAUAAAGAUAAAGAUUCGAAAAAUAAAAAUAAGAAAAAGUUUAAAUUUGAACUGCAAGAUGAGCAAGAUUUUAUUGAUUCACCAAAUGAAUAUUAUGUAUGGGUUUAUGAUCCGGCAACAAUAAAACAGUAUAUAUUUGGAUUUUUGCUUGUUAUUGGAGGUAUUGGUAUAUGUUUAUUUCCACUAUGGCCAACAGAAGUUCGUACAGGUGUCUAUUAUUUAUCAAUAGUAUUAGCUGGUCUUCUAGGUUUCCUAUUGUCAUUGACUGUUAUUAAAUACAUACUAUUCGCAUUUGUUUGGAUAUUAACGUUUGGUAAAAUUAAAUUUUGGCUAUUACCAAAUCUAACAGCAGAUGUCGGUAUAUUAGAAUCAUUUGUACCGUUGUAUAACUUAGAAAUGAAUCCAACAACAAAAAAGAAAAAAGAUAACGAUGAUGAUGAUGAUGAUGAUGAUAAUGAUAAUAAUCAGGAAGUACAAAUAACCAGUCAAAAGGAAACAGUAUCAUUAUUAACAACAGCAAAACCGGAUGAGAAUGAAAGCAGUAUAGAGGAAGAAGAACAAGAUGAUAUUGAAGAGAAACAAAAAUCUAGUUUUAAAAACGAAAAUAAAGAAAAUACAAGUCAUUCAUCAUCCUUAACAUCUAAAGAUGAAAAAUUACAAAAACAAUCAUCUCAAUAUCAAACAAAAUUUGAUGAAGAUUUUGAAGUUUUAUCUAAAGAUGAUAUUAUUAAUGAAAUGAAAUAA